AUGAAUUUAAAGAUAAUUUUAAUAAAUUUAUUGUGCGUUUUGAUAACUUUCACAAGUUCCAAUGAACUUGAAGGUGAAAAAUUAUUAAGUAGACAGAAACGAAAGUUGUUGUUUCCACAGUUCACCGUUCUUCAAAUUUCGAUGUGCUUUGUUUCUCAAGUUUCUUACAUUCCAAGCCACAAAGUAGCAGUCAAUAAUGGAUUUCAGAUUAAUUACAGACUUCCAUACAUACUCUCGGAAUUUUACAGCCCAAUCUUUUGGGCACGAUCAUUCGCGAACCAAUCAUCAAAUCUUCUUUUGAAUUUCGUCGAACGAAUGGCUGCAGAUGAGAACAACGAUAAUGAUGAAGAUUCGAAUGAAGAUGAAAUGGAAGAAGAAUUAAUUGAUGGCGAUGAUAUUGAAUCAGAUGAUGAAGAAUCAUCAGAUGAAAUUACAACAGUUGAAAAGCGAAGACGACGAAGAAAACGUGAUUCCAACGAAAAUGGUGACAUCAGUGCUGGUUUAUUUUAUUCAGGCAUAAGAAACUCAAUGGCUUUUGCGGGAUAUCAUGAAGAUUGUUUAAUAAAAUGUGUUUGUGAGCUUGCGAAACAUCCACUGGAACAUGAUCACGACAAUCUUAUCAACGAAGUUACGCAUUUCAUCCUAACUCCAUCUCGCCAUCAAUCGUUCGACUCUAAAUUCGAAACAGAAGAAAAGAAGAUUUUUGAGGAAGCUGAAAAAUUGGGAAGUUCUGGUGCGGAUUGCGAUAAGCUUUAUGGAAAUUGCAAAGUUUCACCUUUAGAUAUAAUUUCAAAUUUUAUUAAUCAUUCAAAUUAA